AUGCGGGGCUUCGCAUCACUUUCGACUCGAGGGCUGCUUCGACUACAAGCCACUGCAGCUCCUCGCGAUGCCUGGAUCUGCUCGUCAUGUCAUUAUGGGCAGGUGGCACAAUUGCGCUCCGCAAAGAGCUUCAGCAGCAGUAGCUAUAGGUUUGGGAAGGAGCUCAAGGACAAGCCGUUUUAUGCGACAACGCCCAUAUUCUACGUAAAUGCUUCUCCUCAUGUCGGCCAUUUGUAUACCAUGGUCCUUGCCGACGUCCUCAAGCGCUGGGAGGUACUGAAAGGCGGACCACCCGCGUUACUAUGUACCGGUACCGACGAGCAUGGCAUGAAAGUGCAGCGCGCCGCCGAGCUGCAAGACGUGGCUCCAAAGGUAUUCUGCGACAGCGUGGCUCAGACAUUCAAGGACUUGGCGAAGAAGGCCAAUAUAGCCAACGAUUUCUUUAUACGGACGACGGAUCCCGACCAUCGAGACGCAGUCGAGUACUUCUGGCAAACUCUACAGGCCAAGGGCUUCAUAUACGAAACGAAACAUGAAGGAUGGUACUGCGUGAGCGACGAGACCUUCUAUCCCGAGAACAUGGUCACGAAGCAGGUGUCACCAACAACUGGCAAAAGCAUAAUGACCUCCAUCGAGACUGGCAAUAUCGUGAAAUGGACCGAGGAAAGGAACUAUCACUUCCGCAUGACAGAGUUGAAGGAUAGGCUGCUGGAUUUCUACAAGAAGAACCCAGAAUGGGUGGUGCCUGCCAGUCGCAUGGCCGAGGUGGUAAAAUGGGUUGAAAACAACCUCGAGGAUCUAUCGAUAUCACGCCCGGCUAGUCGUCUGACCUGGGGCAUCCCCGUACCAAAUGAUGAAAGCCAGACCAUCUACGUCUGGGUCGACGCUCUCAUCAACUACUUGACCAAAGCGGGAUACCCCAACUGGACUCCUGGCUCCGAGCACCUUGGGGGAUGGCCAGCAGAUGUGCAGGUCAUUGGCAAGGACAUUGUACGAUUCCACUGUGUGUACUGGCCGGCUCUCCUGAUGGCACUCGAUCUUCCCCUUCCAAAGCGCAUACUCUCCCACGCGCAUUGGUUGAUGGGGCAAAGAAAGAUGUCCAAAUCGGUUGGGAACGUCGUCAAUCCUUUCUUUGCCCUGGAACGAUGGGGCGUCGAUGCAAUGCGCUACUAUCUCAUGUACUGCGGUGGGAUUGCAUAUGACACCGAUUACGGCAACUACUACAUCACUCAAUCCUAUGUGAAGGGAUUGCAGGGUGGUCUUGGAAACCUCCUCAAUCGAAUCACGCGACCUAAGGUCUGGAGCGUCAGGGACGCCGUGACACACGCACAUGAAGUAAGGCGCCAGCGCGAACCGAAAUCCACGACGGCGAAAACUUUGGCUGAGGGGAUUGGGAAAACGUCUUCACCUGUGUGUGAAACAACGGACCUGCACCACAAACUGAUAGCCUCGUCGGCCGAAACUUUCGCUGAGCAAAUGGCAAAGUUGAAUCCCGGAGGUGCUCUCAAGGGAAUAAUGGAGAUGAUCUUUGAGACCAACGCAUAUCUACAGCUGGCUAAGCCUUGGGACCUGGUGAAACAAGGAGAGAUGCAACUAGUCAAGGAAAUCGUUUACUGCGCUGCGGAAUCAGUACGCGUUGCGGGCAUUCUCUUGCAACCUUACAUGCCCGAAAAGGCAGCGGGACUGCUUGACCGACUGGGUGUCGAACCUGAGCGGAGAACGCUGGCGUACGCAAAGCUUCAUGCGGAUGAUACUUACGGGGUUUCCAGGGUGCCUCUCGGUGAAGGCGCGCAAAGUAGCUUGUUCCCUCCUAUUCCGUACCAGGAAUUCGACGUAGAAGAUUAA